CAGAUCAUCCUGUUGAUCGGCGUAACACAAUGGCUGCUUCAUCAUGAGCACUUCACCGACAGUCCAAGACGCCGCUGCAUCUCCACCAUCACCUACUCCACAAACAGAUGAAUACUCCAAACCAUCUAACACCGGAACUCAUCCACAUCCACAGAGCGGCGGGCUCAAGAGCUACCUCCGCAUCUUCAGCUAUGCCGACUCCUUCGGGUGGACGCUCAAUGCGCUCGCUCUAGUGGGAGCCAUUGGUGCGGGCGCAGCACUUCCCCUGAUGGAUCUUCUCUUCGGAAAGAUGCUUACGACGUUUAAUGACCUUGCGACAGGGCAGAGCUCGCCAGAGAAGUUUCGGGAUAGUUUGGAUAGAUUUUUGCUUUACUUUGUGUAUCUCUUCAUCGGAAAGUUUUCGUUGGUUUAUAUCUGGACACUCUCCAUCUCUAUCUCCGCCCUCCGCACAACCAAAGCCCUCCGAACCGCCUUCCUCACCCGGCUUCUCCAACAACCCAUUUCCUUCUUCGACGCCUCCCUCGGCGGCUCCCCCGUCACCCACGUCACCACAAACGCCAACCUAAUCAACAGCGGAACCUCGGAGAAACUCGGCUUCGUCCUCCAGGGCACAGCAACCUUUGUCGCAGCCUUCAUCACCGCCUUCGCCGUGCAGUGGAAGCUCACGCUCAUAACAAUCUGCAUUGCGCCAGCGAUCCUGAUCAUCACGACAAUCUGCUCCGCGUUCCUCGUGCAAGCUGAGAAUGCCAUUCUGCGCGUGGACUCGCACGCAGGGAGUUUGGCGGAGGAGGUCCUUGCGAGUAUGAAGACCGUGCAUGCAUUUAAUGCGUUCGAAGCUUUGACGGGUAAGUAUGAGGCGUUUGCAGGCGAGGCGAGACGGCUGGGGAUUCAGCAGUCGGCAAAUAUGGCGAUCCUCUAUGCGGGGGAGUUCUUUUGUGCGUAUGCCGGGUACGGAUUGGCGUUUUGGCAGGGGAUUCGCAUGUAUGCACGUGGGGAGAUUGAUGAGCCGGGGGCGGUUGUUACGGUCAUCUUCGCCGUAAUCCUCGCCGCAACGUCCAUGACCCAAAUCGCUCCGCAAAUCGUACAAAUCACCCGCGCCGCCUCCGCAGCGCAGUUCAUGUGGGAGGUCAUCGACCACGAGCCGAGCAUUGACGCACUCUCGACGUUGGGGAAACAGCCCGAGACCUGCCGCGGCGAAAUACAGUUCUCGAACAUCGCCUUCUCAUACCCGACGCGGCCGCAGGUCCGCGUUCUCGAAGACUUCACCCUCGCUGUACCUGCCAACAAGACGACGGCGUUGGUCGGGCCGAGUGGGUCUGGGAAGAGUACGAUCUCAGCGCUAUUGGAGAGAUGGUAUGAUCCGCUUGAGGGCGGCGUGUUGUUGGACGGGAUGGAUAUCCGCGAGCUGAAUGUGAGGUGGUUAAGGACGAGCGUGAGGAUUGUGCAGCAGGAACCGACGUUGUUCAACGGAACAGUAUUCGAGAAUGUGGCGUAUGGUCUUGCUGGGACGGAGUAUAUUAAUGCUUCCCGCGAGGAGCAGCUGGAGAGGGUUAUUGAGGCUUGCAAGGCAGCGUAUGCGCAUGAGUUUAUUGAAGGCUUGCCUGAGGGCUACGACACCCGUGUCGGCGAACGCGCGAGCGUCCUGUCCGGCGGCCAGAAGCAACGGAUUGCAAUCGCUCGAAGUAUCGUCUCGGAUCCAAAAGUGCUCAUCCUCGACGAAGCUACCAGCGCGCUUGACCCGCGCGCCGAGAAGAUCGUGCAAGAGGCUUUGGACAAUGUUUCCGCGUGGCGGACAACAAUCGUCAUUGCGCAUAAGCUCUCUACGAUCAGGAAGGCAGACCAGAUUGUGGUUCUCUCCAAGGGGAGGAUCAUUGAGAAGGGGACGCACGAUGAGCUCAACGCGGCGGGUGGGAUGUAUCAUCGGCUGAUCGAAGCCCAGGAUCUCGGCGCAAAUAAGACUACUGACGUUGCAUGGCGUGAAGAGCAAGAGACUGAAGAGGACGCUCUGGUCACGAACAUGCCCUUUGUGGAGGCGGAAAGCCCAAGGGACACUAGUGCUCUCGAGCUUGAGACUGACUCUAUCGACAGCCAGAGCCUCCUGCGCUGUAUCGCAAUCCUCGUGAAGGAGCGGCGCGAGCUGUGGAUGGAGUUUGUGAUUGUUGUGAUCGCUUGUAUUGUUGGAGGUGGAAGUUAUCCAGUCCUCGCGUUCGUCUUCGCCAGAUCUCUCGACGCCUUCCAGAUUGCAGACACGGCAGAAAUGAUCGACCAAGGCGAGUUCUACGCGCUCAUGUUCUUCGUCAUCGCACUCGUCAUCCUUGUCGUGUACGCAAUCCUUGGUUGGGUAACCAACAUCAUCUCAACAACCGUUGUCUACACCUACCGCAUGCAGAUUUUCCGCAGCUACAUAACCCAAGACAUGACCUUCUACGACCAACCCUCGCACACAACGGGCUCACUCGUCUCACAUCUCUCAACAAAACCCACGAGCCUACAAGAACUCCUCGGCUUCAACAUCGGCAUCAUAUUAAUCGCCGUCGUGAACAUCGUCUCCAGCUCGAUUCUUUCCAUCGCCGUCGGCUGGAAACUGGGUCUCGUUGUUUUGGCUGGCGCCAUGAUCCCCAUCACAUUCUGCGGGUAUCUUCGGAUAAGGCUGGAGACGCAGCUUGAGAAGAGUACGGGCGAUCGGUUUGCGGAGAGCGCGGCGCUCGCGGGAGAAGCGAUUUCGGCGAUUCGCACCGUUGCGUCGUUGGCGAUUGAGCCGGUAAUAUUGGACAGGUAUAAGGGGAUUCUGAGAGGCAUUGCGCGGAGGAGUAUCCGAGGUUUGGUGUGGACGACGGCGUGGUUGGCGCUCACGCAGUCGCUUUCGUUGUUGUCUAUGGCGUUGAGCUUUUGGUACGGAGGGCGACUGCUCUCGACUGGCGAAUACUCUAGCACGAAGCUAUACAUAGUUGUUAUUGGAGCUAUCCUCUCGGGAGAGGCAGCUGCAUCAUUCUUCAUGUUCACGACUAGCCUGACAAAGGCGCGAGGAGCAUGCAACUACAUCUUCUGGCUCCGCUCUCUGGUCCCGAGUGUGCGAGAUGGGGGUUUGGAGGACGACCACCCCAGCCAUAGCACCCCCGAGAAAGACCAAAACCAUGCAGCCAGCUUGGAACUACAAGAUAUCGAGUUCCGAUACCCAACCAGACCGAACCGGCCCAUUCUGACGGAUCUCAACAUUAAGGUCUCCCCUGGCCAAUCCAUCGCUUUCGUCGGCCCCUCCGGCCAUGGCAAAUCAAGUAUAAUCGCCCUGCUAGAGCGCUACUACAACCCGUCCUGUGGCCGCAUAACCCUCGACGGAACGCCCGUCACCACUAUCCCGCUACAAACCUACCGCACGCACCUCUCCCUCGUCCAACAAGAACCAAUCCUGUACGACGGCAGUGUCCUCGAAAACAUCACCCUCGGCAUCCCGAACCCCUCCUCAAUCCCCGAAUCUGAGAUCCACUCCGCCUGCCACCAGGCAAACGCAUUCGAUUUCAUAUCCUCCCUCCCCAACGGCUUGUCCACGCCCUGCGGUGCACGCGGGUCCCUCUUCUCCGGCGGACAACGCCAACGCAUCGCGAUUGCGCGUGCGCUUCUCCGAAAGCCGAGACUUUUACUUCUCGAUGAGGCGACGAGUGCGCUGGAUACGGAGAGUGAGAGGGUUGUGCAGGCGGCGUUGGAGCGCGCGAGUGUGGGGAGGACGACGAUUGCGAUUGCGCAUCGGCUUUCGACGGUGAAGGGGAGCGAUUGUAUCUAUGUGCUUGUUCGGGGACGGAUUGUGGAGAGCGGGACGCACGAGGUUCUGCUCGCGAGGAGGGGGGUGUAUUAUCAGAUGUGCUUGGGGCAGGCGUUGGACGGGGCGGGGUGAGCUGGUUUUUCGGCUACGUCGAUCGUGACUAGUUUAUUGGAUAGAACACGCCUCUCUUUGCAGAAUACCAUGAAUCUCUU